UACCUGCCGAGUUGGCUUAGAGAGAAAACUGCCUAAUUUUUGAAAGACAGUUUUGCCAGAUAGAAUUUUGGGUCAGCAAUUUUUUGCUUUCAGCAUUUAAAAUAUGUCAUCUCCCUGCCUUGUUGCCUUGUUGUUGCCUUGGUUUGCAAUGAGAAAUAGGCAUUUAAUCAUUUUGAGGCUCCCCUGAACAUGACAUAUUCUAGUCCUUCCUUCUAGUAAUGGAAGGUUGCUUCCCUCUUGCUGCUUUCAGAAUUCUCUCUUUAUCUUUGCCAUUUGACAAUUUUAUUAUAACAUGGCAUGGUGUGAGUCUUUUGGGGGUUAUCCUGCUUGGAGUUCUUUGAGCAUCUUGGAUGUCUUUUGUUAAAUUUGAGAUGUUUUCAGCCUUUAUUUCUUUGAAUACUCUCUCUGCCCCUAUUUCUUCUUCUGUGACUCCUACAACACGUAUAUUGGUACACUAGAUUGUGUCCCACAGCUUCCUAGACAGUUCACAUUUCUUCAUUCUUUCCUCUUUAUGUUCCUUAGACUGGAUGAUUUCAAUUUUAUCUUCAAUAUCUCUAAUUCUUUCUUCUUCCAACUCCUACCUGCUAUUGAAUCCCUGUAAGGAAUUUUUAAUUUCUGAUACCGUAGUCUUCAGCUCUGUCUGGUUCCUUUUCAUAAUUUCUGCCUUUCUAUUGAUACUCUCUUUGUGUUCAUCGAUUGUUUUCCUGAUUUCCUUUAGUCCUUUGUCCAUAUUUUCCUUUAGCUCUCUGAGGAUAUUUAGGACCAUCUUGGACUUGUAUGUCCCAGGUCUGGUCCUCCUCAUUGAUGGUUUCUAAUACUUUAAUGCUCUCCUUUGCCUAGGCAGUUACUUCCUCUUUCUUUGUAUGUUUUGUAAUCUUUUUUGCAACUUGGACAUUUUUGUAUUUCAGUUUUUUACCACUGGAAUUGAGACUCUUAGCCUUCUGUUCCUUAAGUUUGUAUCAGGUAGUGUUAUGAUAAAGCUUUCCUUGGAUUCCAGGACCUAACAAAAAUAAAUAAAUAAAAGAAGGCGUAAAAGAAAACAUCUCUCCCAGUCUUUACAGAUUGAUCUGUGUGCAUGCUUUCCUUCAAAGCUUAUCCAUAAAAUGAAUUUAGAGAUUAGCUUCAGGCCAAAGCAUGGGGGUCUCCCUGGUGCUUUCUGCACAUAUAUCUUGUCUUGGGCAUGAACCCAUGGUGGUAAGAAUUCCCCCAUUUACACCGAUAAGAAUGUCCUUUCUUCCCUAAACAAGUUUUUUCACAAUCUCAGGCACUGCCUCUGUGUCCUACAGCCAGCAGUGUCUCUUGCCCCAGGCAGCCAUUUGGCUGUUUUCCCACAGCCUCCUGUAGGAGGAGAGCUCUGUGAGUCAGCUUCUAUCUGCAGGGCGAGUUCUGGGCAGCAGGUCCCUCUGGCCAUCAGUAGGCAGGCUGGGCUGACAUCCGUGCUCCCAGUGUAUACAUGAGAGUCAGCCUGCUCCCUUUGGAACUGGGCCCGGGGAUCUGCUCUGGGAGUGCGGGCUGGCUCUGCUGAGCCAGUGAGCGGGGAGGCCAGCUGGGGUGUCGUGGCGUCUUACUGCCUUUAAGUAGCUUUUUCUUGAUUCGGCACCUCCCGUUAUUGCUGUUUUCUAGAGAUUUGAGAAAGGUGUUUCUGCCAAUUCUUGACAUUCAGAGCUUCCGUGGGGGGACAGAGCCCUGAAGUGUCUUACUCUGCCAUCUUUAUUGGGGCCUGCCUCUAAUGUUAUUGCCUAUUUCAUAUAGUUCAACUCUAAUUUUUAUUUUCUCCCUUCUGCUUGCUAUAAGUUUUAAUUUACCCUUAUUUUUUAGAUUCUUAAGAUGGAAAGUUUUUAUUUGAAAUCUUUUGAUAUGUGUGUUUGUAGCUGCAAAUUUUCCUCUAAGCACUGCCCUACGCAUCCCAUAAGUUUGGGUAUAUAAUGUUUUCCUUUUUAUUCGUCUCAAAUUUGAUUCUAAAUUUUCUCAUGCAUUUUUCUUUGACCCAUCGGUUAUUUAGGAAUGUGCAGUUUAAUUCCACGUUUUUGAGUUUUUCAAAUUUAUUUAAUGUUUCCAAAUUUAUUUCCAUUGUAGCUGGAGAACAUACUUCGUAUAAUUUCAAUCCUUUGAAAUUGGUGAGGCUUGUUUUAUGACCUAGCAAAUGGUCUAUUGUAAGAGACUGUUCUGUGUGCACUUGAGAAGAAUGUGUAUUCUGUUGUUGGAUGGAGUGUUCUAUAGGUGUCUUUUCAGUUGCGAUAGUUUUUAGUGCUGUUUAAGUCCGCUGUGUCCUUGAUUUUCUGCCUAUUGGUUCUGUCCAUUUUGGAAAAUGGGAAGUUGAAGACUCCAGCUUUUAUUGUUGAAUUGUCUGUCUUUCCCUUUCAUUCUGUUUUUCAUCACAGGCAGUUUAUUUUUUAGUAUUCAGUUUUCUUGUUUGUCACGAUGACAUGAGCUCCCUGUGGUGUGCAACGGGGUGUUACAGCCUUGGCUUGGGUUGGCCUGUUAGUCCCUCCGCCCCCAGGACUUGUACCUACCAGGACCUAUGUGGUUGCCCAUUUGAAGGGUGAUGGGGAGCCUGGGGUGGUGGAUAUGACUCCUGUUGGUAGGGCAGAGGCCAGGGUAAUCCUAGUUUUGAUAAGCGAGAGCUGGGGGAUACCUUGGUUUAGGGUAGGCUCAAGGCAUGUUGGGUACCUGUGUGUGCUGGUGUUCUGUUGCUGAGGUCAGAGACUUAUUCCCACUUCUUCUCCUUUUUGGACCCCAUUAUGACUCUCAGGCCCUCAGUGGCCCUACCUUGACCUGUGUAUCUUGCCACUUCCCAAUCUGUGUGCCUCUGCAGAGCUCUCCAGAAUCGAUCUACUCUGUGUGUGACAUGAGAUGUGCACAUACCCUAAAUAAUACUUGAACACCAGCUACUCUGUUGCAGCUCUGUUUUUCAUAGGACUGAUCACACCUCCCUGCACAGCACUCAUCUGUCACCAACAGUCAAGGCCCUGCUGAAACCCUUUGCUGAGGAGUGACUUGGAGACUCUAACUGCUGUCUGUGUGGAGUGGAGGAUGAGGAGAUCCCUACCGAGCGAGUGAAGAGCUGUAGAGUACAUCUGUCAAAGAAUCCCUUUAUGUGUGGGAAGUCUAGGAAGGAUGUCCUGGCCACCUUGGGCCUCCUCCAUCUUCAGGCCAGUCACAAUAGGGGGAAGCAGCACCAGAGCACUGAGUAUGGGGAGGCCUUCCCAUCCAGCUCCAGACUUGGACUGCAACAGGGAGUCUAUGCUGGACAUAAGCCCUUCAGGUGCAGUAACUGUGGGAAAGCCUUCCUGAAGGCCUUCACUCUCCUUGACCACCUGCUAACUCAUUUUGAAGAGAGAAGCUUUAAAUGUCCAGCAGAUGAAAAUGUCUUCAAGGAAAAAUCCACCCUUGUUAAUCACAGAAAAAGUUACACUGGAGAAACAACCCAUGUGUGUAACGAGUGUGGGAAGGCCUUCAGUUACCCAUCUAAACUGAGGAAGCACCAGAAAGUCCACACUGGAAUAAAACCUUACAAGUGUGGUGAAUGUGGGAAAACCUUCAACCGCAAAGAUGCACUUAUUCUGCACCAAAGAAUUCACACAGGAGAAAGGCCUUAUGAGUGUAGCAAAUGUGGGAAAGCUUUCAGCGUUCUGUCUACCCUCACUCGGCACCGGAAAGUUCACAGUGGAGAAAGGCCCUAUGAGUGCAGGGAAUGUGGGAAGUUCUUUAAAUACAACAAUAGCUUCAUUCUUCACCAGAGAGUUCACACUGGAGAAAGGCCUUUUCAAUGCAAUCAAUGUGGGAAAACCUACGUAACCCGCUCUGGCCUGUAUCAGCACUGGAAGGUUCACACUGGAGAACGGCCCUAUGAAUGUAGCUUAUGUGGGAAAGCCUUUACUACCAGGUCAUACCGCAAUCGACACCAGCAAUUUCAUACUGAAGAGAGAUCCUAUGAGUGUACAGAAUGUGGGAAAGCCUUCAAACAUAGUUCUACCCUCCUUCAGCACAGGAAAGUCCACACUGGAAAAAGGCCUUAGAAGGACAGGAAUGCAAGAAUAUCCUUAGUCAUGGACAUCACCUUGUUCACCAUGAAAGGUCUCACUCCAGAAAAGUGAUCAAGGAGACUAAUCCUCGUGAGGGUGCUGUGUGACAGAAGAUAAACCUUGUAUAUCCCAACCCUGCCCUGGGGAGAGUCCCCCCGAGUUCAGGUCUGAGGGUAACUUUCAGGAGUUACAUUGUACUUUCUGACCUGCCCAGGGCCUUUGGCAGUGUUACGUCACUGCCAGUGCCAGUUGGAGAAGCCAUCCCACCAUUACUACCUGGCAGGUGCCCACAGUGUGAUCUAGUUACCCCCAGCAUCCCUGGAAAAGGUAGACUUUGGUGCUCUCCUAUACCCAGGAGAGAGUCAAAAGUGGUUGAGCCCAGAGGGAGGCCUCAUUCCUGCCCUACUGACUGGUUUAGGCAUGAACGUGAACCAGCUCUGGCCAGGAGGACCUGAGCUAGUGUCUGCUGGGGCCUUCCAGAGAAGAUCUGUCUUUUUUUUAUACACAUUGACACUACACGUAGUACCUGCCAUGGAUUUGUUCAGCUCUGGAACAGACUGUCUCACACUGCUCUAAAAUGUGUGAUGAUAAAGGCUUUCAUUUAAGCCACCUCUAAUACUGGGGGUUCUGUUUCCUGUGUGGAGGGGUUGAGAAUAGAAUUGGAUCCUGCCAGCCUGAAUGAAGGAUAUGACUUCUAUGGGGUUCCUGCCUUUGUCUGCCUCGGAGGGCACAGCAGGGUGACAUCGCACUCAAGUUCUGGCCUAAUUUUCAUCAGUGCCUAAGGCCUCCAGAGAAAACCUGAAAGGUUUUAUGGGUGAAUCUUGUAACCUGGGCAUCAGGAUUAUCUUUAGGCUCAGAGGUCACCCUGAAGAAUGGAAUAGUUGGUGUGAGAUCCUCCAGUAUGCCUGGGCACAGAAAGAGUUUGGUCCCUUAUUCCCCAGGAUGUUUCACAGUCUGCAGCAUUGGUCAUUGGAAGUCGGCUCCAAGAAUCUGCUCAGAAGCCUUGUCCUUUGAAAUCUAGAGUAUGGAAGCUUGCAAGUUUGGAUAAAGCAACUGCCAUGUUAGGCCCAUGUGUCAAGGAACUGAGAGUGGCCUCUGAACAGGCAGACAGUCCCUGCGUCCAGUAGCCCACAAGGAACUGAAUCCUGCCACCAGCCAAGUGAAUGAGCUUGGAAUUGGCUUCUUCCCCAUCUGAGCCUUCAGAUGACCACAGCCCCAGCUGACUGGUGUCAGCAACACAAGAGACCUUGAAGCAGAGGAUUCAGCUAAGCUGCGCCCAGAUUCCAGACCUAAAGAGACCGAGAUAGUAAAUAUCUCAAGCCGCUAUGUUUUGGGUCAUUUAUUACACAGCAAUAGAUAAUUACUACAGAUGGCUUCUGCAGCGUCAUCCAGCAGUGACAUAGAUCUGCCUGGCACCCUGGGAGCUCUGGGUAAAGACUUUUCCACAUUCGUGGCCCUUAUAAGUCCACUCUCUGUUGUGAAUUCUCUGAUGAUGGAAAGGGUGUCUUUGUGGCUGAAGACCUUCCUAUUUUCACUCCAAUUGUGAUAUCUUUUUCCAGUCAGAACUUUUUUCUGCCUUCACACAUGGGAGAGGUGACUGAAGUGCUUCCAAAUACCUUACACAGGGGAUGUUUCUCUAGUGUGAAUUUUUAGCUAUUGGUAAGGGUUGCUCUCUUCCUGAAGGCCUUUCUGCAUGCCAAGUGUUUAGAGAGUCUCCUCAGUGGGGGCCCUCAGGUGCCCCGCUGUGCAUACACAGGAAAAUGUUCCUUACAAAAUGAAUCCCCACAUUGUCACAUCUGGAAAACUUUCUCCACUGUGAUGGUGCUGUUCCUGGUGAAUGUUUGAUCCAGUCCCACAUGUAGGGCUACAACAUACCUGGGAUAUUUUACCUGUGCUCAGCCAGGAAAGACUCCCUGUGAUCUCUGGCUGGCCAAAGGUGCCGGUGUCAGAGUGAGGAUGGACCAGUCGCACACACUGUUGUUGAGCCCAAUAGGUAACAUUCCACAGGGGCAAGGGAGAGCAGAGGUACCUGGGACCGAGGUGGCAGAAGCAGUGGCCUCUGGCACCUAUAUUUAGUUUUGUGAGCCCAGGCCCCUCUAUGGGGAUUCCCGUUCACAUCCCAGCCAGUUCUCCCAUGAGGGGUACACCCUCACCUGGAAGUCAGAAUUGGUAUCCCUGAGAAACAUCAACAGCUCACAUGUAGACCUUGCUGAACUCACAUAGUAAGAUUUUUUAAAAUAGGUAUCAAACAUUAAAACACCAGAUUCCACAAGAUUCCAGAUCUCAAGCUAGUUCUGAAAUACCAAAUCUAGCAAACAUGUUAAGUUGGGGAAGCAAACUGUAAUAAAACCAUAUAUAAAAAAUGGGGCAGCACACUGUGGAGACAUCAAAGCUGUCUGUGUUAGCAUGACCAGAAACUCUGGCCAGGUUACCACAACCACCUUCCUGGAUUAAAGACUAUUCUCUCAA